GUAUAAUUGAUAAAAGCAGCGACUUGUGUCAGGAGUCCAGCAGUGAAAAGUACUGUUCCUUGGGUUCGGCAGGUAUCACUUGUCAGAAAUCUACGGUCUCUUUGGAAAACGACUUUAAGGUAAAGUGCCCACAAAACCGCUGGUUAAGCAGGCUUAGACAAAUACCACACCAACACCUCGAUCACAUUCUAAAAGAAAGAGGGAAGGAGGGAAAGACUCUGCCGCAACAAGAAUAGGAGCAACAGACCAACAGUAAUUUGCGGUGUGACUUUAAUAAGUAUACCAUGCAAAGUGAGGAAAGAAUCUUAAACACCACUGCUAUGGCCACAGAACUGCAAGAGAUGUCCAAUUCAUCUUCUGAUCAAAUCCCUGGACGACCUGAACUUAGUUCAAGUUUUGUCAUAUUCGUAACAAUUUAUGCCGUUAUAGUCUUUAUCGUUGCGGUGGUUGGAAACUCCUUGGUGAUAUACAUUGUAAGCGCAAGGGAAUACAUGAGAAACUCCACUAACAUACUUAUAGCCAAUAUGGCAGUCGCAGACAUCUUAAUGGCAUGCUUAUUUCCGUACAUGCUCAGAUGGCUUUAUGUCGGAGACGAAUGGUUUGGUACGUUUAUGGGGAUAGCUCUAUGCAAGUUUUUCCAUUCUGCUCAGGUGCUCUCCAUCUCGUGUUCUGUUAUAAAUCUCGUGUUCAUCAGCCUUGAUCGAUGUAUAGUGAUAUGGUUUCCAUUAAGGCGAAUUUUCACUAAUAAAGUCCUGAAGGCGUGUUUGGUAGGAAGCUGGGUUUUUUCUACAGCAUUUGCUCUACCCCUGAUUAUAAUGACCACGGCAAAGAAAGAUCCAAAUGGAAUAUAUCGCUGUAACGAAUAUAACUGGCCUACCUCGCAAGACAGAAACAACUACGUUACUUCGUUCACAGUUUUGUCAUACCUUACUCCUCUUCUGAUUAUUACCAUUGCCUACAUACUCAUUGGUGUAAAACUUCACAAUCGAGAAUUACCUGGUGUUCAAACAUUAGAAUAUCAAAAGAAAGCCCAUGAAACGACAAAAAAAGCCAUAACGAUGCUUGUGACGGUGGUGGUCGUAUUUGCACUCUGUUGGCUCCCGCUCCAAGCGCGGGAAUUUAUGCUGCAUCACUUUCCACAGACACUCUCCCUCUUUCCAAUUGAGGUGGAGGUAUUACUACCAUGGAUUGGUGUCUUAAACAGUGCAAUAAAUCCCUGCUUGUAUGUUAUAUUUUCUGAGAAUUUUCGUCGCGAGUUUGGCCGCGUUCUUUGCUGUAUGGGAAACACCCGCUCUGAUGCUUAUUUGGGAAUCCCCGCAACACGUGCAACGCCUAUGACCACGCCUAUAAUGUCUCGGCGCAUGACGACCACCCCUAUUAUGGGACGGCGCACUCUGUCAGCCGCUCACAUACACGAGACGCUUCCUCUGCGACAUUUAGCAACCGAUCAGAAAUGAACUGAAUUUGAACAAACAAAAAAUUAUUCUUAAGUCUGAUCCCGGUACAUGCAACGAGUGUAUAUUUUCUUCCCUCGCUUUAGAUUAAUGAGAAUUCAAGUCGUGCGGGGUUUUACCAAAACGUUUUAUCGGAAAACUUUGAAAAUACUAAAUAAGGGAAGUUUCAUUUUAAAACAGGUUGAAACUACCUAUACGUUUGGUAAAUUUUCUUUUCUGCCAGUACGCAUAAAACUUUGGACCAUAAUCAAUAUUUGUGCACACAGCUUAAAAGUUCCAUUUUAAGAGGUAAAACCGGCAUUCUGCUCAGUUGUAUGUUCUAGUUUGUGUCAGAGUCUCAGUCAGUGGAGACCAUAGAAAAAGCCGCGAGCAAGCGGAGAGUGGCGCAAGUCGUCCUACAAAAGGUUUUUUAGUUCCUGACUCGCCCUAUCUUUCUUUCACCCUCUUAAUCGUGGGCCUGGCACGAGCAGAAAAGAGUUACGAAAGUCGGUACAACAAGUAAACUUCCAAAAUUUUAUU